AUGCAUAAAUGCGGCAUGGAGCUUGAGGUCACCCACUGCGGCUGCGUUCAGGCUACGUACGAGUUCACGGCCAGUUACCCGUUCCCAACGUGCGACUUCGGCGAAUCAGAACAAUGCAAAUCGGCACUCACGGCGAACGGAACUUACGACAGGUGUGCUCACGUUUGUGGCCUACCGUGCGAACAAAUCCUAUACGACGUCCGCAUAUCUGCAAUUUCCGAUGAACAGGGCCCAGCGCGGGAAAGAACGGAGAAGUUCACUCUGAAGCUGCGCUUCCGCUCAGACAUUGAAGAGCUCGUCCUGUACCAGCCUACGCUGACCCGGAUCGAACUACUUGCGUACGCCGGCGGCUACCUGGGCAUAUGGCUCGGAAUGUCGGCCCUCGCAUUCCUCUUGGAUCUCCACGGUAAAGCGUAUUGGCACAAGAAGGAAAUCAAGAGAAUCUUCAGUACUAUGUUGACGCCGAGCGGCCAAAGUUUGUGGCUGAAAAAGAAACAACGAUGGAUUGACCCUGUGAUUCGCGUCCGCUAAAGAAUGUUCAGCACAAGUAGCUCCUUCGAGAUCAAGGUGCCUGCAACAUUUCCUCACGCAAACGAAAAAAAGAAAAGAAGAAGCGCCGCAUGAAUUGAAGCAA